UUGAAGAACAUUGUUUACUUUCAGCAGUCUCACAUAAAUGGCAGUCUGAUUCUUGGGGCAAGUUGAGUAGAUUCGAAGUGGGAGUGCCUCAUGAACCUCUUCUCCCAAGCUGGAGAGCUAAGCCACCAUGUCUCAGCUUUACUAGAGAGAUGCACCCACCUCUCUCACCUCAACCAACUUCAUGCCUUUCUCAUUACCCUUGGCCAAGCCCACCUUCCCCUCCUCUCUUUCAAACUCCUCCGUUUUUGCACCACCACUUUGGGCGGCACCCACAUCGACCACGCUCGCCUCAUUUUCGACCACAACCCCGGCCCCAGUGUCUACCACUGGACCGCCAUCAUCACCGCCUACGCUCAGCAAGGGCCACCCGCCUGCAAAACUGCUCUCCAUCUCUACAAGCAAAUGCACUUCAAUUCUGUUGCCCCCAACCAAUUCACCUUCCCCUACAUCCUCAAGGCCUCUGCGCAAAUCUUCGCGCUUCUGGAGACUGCACAGACCCAUGCCCACAUUGCCAAGUCCGGCUUUGACGCAUGGACCGUUGUGAGGACUGCCCUCGUCGAUGCUUAUGCAAAGUGCGGAGUCCUUGAGGCAGCACGCCGUGCUCUUGGGGAGAUGCAUGAGCCAAAUGUGGUGUCCUUCACUGCAUUGUUGACUGGUUUUGCGAAAUUUGGAAAGAUGGGCGACGCAUUUGUUCUUUUUGAGGAGAUGAGAGAGCGAGAUGUACCCGCAUGGAAUGCGGCAAUAGCAGGGUGUGCGCAAAAUGGUCUGUUCGUUGAGGCAUUGUCUCUUUUCAACCGUAUGCUUGCAGAGAGCCACCAGCCAAAUCACAUGACUCUAGUGUGUGCGCUUUCAGCUUGUGCACAUCUCGGCACACUGGGGGUCGGUGGUCCGCUUCACGCUCAUGCAUACAAGUGUGGCUCUGGGGCCUCCCCAUUUGUCGGUAACGCACUUAUCAAUAUGUAUGCAAAGUGUGGCUGCUUGAAAGAGGCACGCAAAUUGUUCGAUCGAAUGCAAGAGCGUAGCAUCUCAGCUUGGAACUCCAUGAUUAAUGGCCUUGCACUGCAUGGGCACGCACGUGAGGCUAUUGAAAUCUUCAAUAAGAUGCAGGUAGAGAAUGUGAGGCCCGACGAGGUGACAUUUGUUGGAGUUUUAAAUGCUUGCACACAUGGUGGCCUCAUCGAUGAGGGGUGCUCUUACUUUCUCUCAAUGAAAAAGGACUAUGGCUUAGAGCCUCAAAUUGAGCACUAUGGGUGCGUAGUCGAUCUCUUGGGUCGAGCAGGUCUUCUUGAGGAGGCGAUAGAGGUGAUUGAAGGGAUGAAGCAAGAACCCGACGAUGUGAUAUGGGGCGCGCUCUUAAACGCAUGUAGAAUGCAUGGUAAUGUGGGAUUAGCUGAGAGUGCAGUCCAUCGAGUGAUGGAGCUCGACCCAGGUAAUGGCUCAUAUAUGGUGCAACUAGCAAACUUGUAUGGGGAGAAGGGGAAGUGGGAGGAGGUGGGGAGGUUAAGGAGGUUAGUAAGAGAUGGGCCCAUGGAGAAGACACCUGGUUGUAGUUGGAUAGAGGUGGAUGGGGACGUUGUGGAGUUUUACUCAGCUGAUGGGGUGAUGAAUGGGAGAGCUGAGGAGGUUUAUUCUGUGUUGGAGCUUUUGGUUUGGCAGCUGAGAAAUGCAGGGCACAUGCCUGAUUUGACCUAAAGGAAGUGCGAUGGAAUUUGGGGGAGUCUGUAUUGUUUUGUUCUUUUGGGUAUGAUCACUUUAUGAUUCUUGGUGGAAGAUAAUUGUGGUUUGUUAUUGAUGAAUGUUUACCUUUCCCCUCCUUCCCUUGGGGGUAUUCUUCCAUAGCGAUUCAGCGAGGCACUCAUAUCUUUUUCUCUAUCUUACUUCUUGGGAUUGUAACCUUGGUGUCUAAGUGGGUGUUGAUGAGGAGCUUCCAUAAUUUGACUGAAAGUGAUUCAAAUAUGGUAUUCCCGGUCCAGAGGGACUCACCAUUGCACCUUUAGGACCCGAGACUUGGUAAGUGACUAAAUCAUGGCUAUGGUCAAUGAGUUUCAUGAAAUUCUAUAAUCCAACUGGGUGCAAAUGCCACCUUCAUUACCCUAAAGUUUGGCUGGAGCAUGAGAUGUAAAGGGGAUUUUAUACCCAUCAGCCUCAUCAAUAGCACUUACAAAAUCAAUGCAAAGAUUUUAACAACACGGCUGAGAGUAUUCCUAUCUAAAAUGUAUCUCAAUCAAAGAUGCUAUAGAUUGAUGAUUUUUGAAUGAAUUCGUUAAUGCGAGUCACAGGGCAAAGAAAUCGAGCUAAUUUGUAAGCUUGAUCUCUAGAAGGCUUAUGAUAAUGUGCAAUGAAACAUCUCGACAAAAUUAAAGAGAUGAUUGGCUUGGAGAGAAAUUGGCAAGGGUGGAUUCAGGCUGCAUUUCGUUAGUUUCAUUCUUAAUUAUACUCGGUGGAAACCCAU